AUGGCGCCUGCAAAGAUGCCACUUCAGGCUGAUGAAGAGAUGGGCAAGAAAGAUGAUGAUCACCGACCAAUCGAUGCGCGCUUUCGACCUCUGCGGCAAAGAGCAAUCUUUCGCCCUCAUCGGAUUAUCUUCGCUUUGAUCGCACUUAUUAUUCUCUACGAGUUCUUCAAGAACAUGCCGACGGAUCUGGCACCCGCCGUCGAACGAUACGAUCCCGGGAUGGCAAAGUUGCGAGCAGAAACACUGGCCAAGUGGACUGGAACAGAGCAAUCGCCUACCAACUCAGAGCCAGCACGAUUACCACAGGCUCCGGUACCCGUACAGUUCCAGAAGGAAAAAGGCUAUGACGGCAAAGUCAUGUUUCCCGAGCUGGAGCACUCUCUCCCUCGUUACAAAUAUUCGAGCAAGACCAGCAGCCGCGCAGUAUUGUUUGCCGCAUCAAGUCUGCGCAGCUUGUCGGAUCUCUUACCAUUAGCCUGCCGCAUGGCAAACCAACCUCGAAGCUAUGUGCAUUUCAUUAUUACGGGAAAGGACGAAAUAUCCGUACAAGAUAUCAAGGAGGUGAAUGGGAUCAAAGAGAAUGAGUGUCCAAUGAUAUGGCAUGUUGGUCGACCCGAUGCUGCGCCCAUAUCUACCGAUACUCGCAUGGAACGUUCUGUCAGGGAGGGAUUGAAGCUCGUUCAUGCAUACAUUAAUCCCGAUGUCAUCAUUUCACAAGGCCAAAGUUGGGAAGAUUCCUUCUUCUGGGAGGGAGUGGAAGCCCAUGCCCACGACAGUCGUACUACCCACAUCGCCCUCCCGGCCGCAUCAAGAGAUCUCAUGUGGAUGGCCUCUUUGGAUAGCGCAGCUCUUCGCUUAUGGAACAAAGUUCGCAUUGAGAUUGUGAUCAAUGCGCCUCAAGAUUCUGGGUCUUUGAUCAGACUCCUGAAAUCCUUGGAUGCAGCUGAUUAUCUAGGAUCUGUUCCUUCCGUGACCAUAGAGCUUCCGCCGGCGGUGGACCCGCAGUUGCUCCAAUUCUUGAGGCUCCCAGAUGGAUUAACCCAGCUUGCAAACCAUAUCAUCCUACGGCGCCGUGUUCAACCGCACCGGGUGGAUCCAGCAGAAGCCUCUCUCCGGACUGUGGAAUCAUUCUAUCCUUUGGAACCAGAGAUGACCCAUUUGCUUGUGCUUUCCCCUCAGGCAGAGCUGGCGCCGUCGUUCUACCAUUACCUGAAGUACAGUGUACUGAAUUACAAACACUCCGCCCGUGCCAAACAAGUUUUCUUCAAAUUGGUCGGUGUAUCCCUUGAACUACCGUCCACCAAACCUACCGUGGACAAACAGAUAUUCGCCCCACCGGAUAUGGGUGCCAAGGACAAAGAUCAGCUUGUCCCUUCAUUUAUCUGGCAAGCCCCUAAUAGCAACGCAGCUCUUUACUUCGGUGAUCUUUGGACGGAAUUUCACUCGUUCCUAUCCAGCCGCCUAUCGUCACCUGCAUCUGAAUCGGCGUCUCAUACCAAGUCAAUCUCUGAGAAUUAUCCCGCGUUCAUGGAAUACUUGCUCGAAAUGAUUCGUGCAAAUGGGUAUUAUCUUCUUUACCCAUCCUUCCCGAGCAUGGAAUCUUCCUCGAUUGUUACAAUACACAAUGAGCUAUAUCAGCCCCCGGAAGAAUUUGGAGACCACAGUAUCUCUGGUUCCGAGAAUGAACGUGAUCCCUCUACCAGCCCAGGGUCUCUUGAGAAAUCUUUCCGCCACGCACGUACCAUCAUGCCUCUGCUUGAUUUGUUCCCGUCGGGGCUCCCGGACCUUGAUGCUCUGCCUCUGCUUGGUUUUGAUGGAGAGAAAUUAGAUGCUGCCGAGUACGAACUUCGAACAAGAGAGUAUUUGCAAUCAUUCCGCACUGAUUAUGGAGGAUGUGCUGGAGACAGCAAGAUGGACACUCUUUCGUCAAACUUAUUUUGCAGGCAGGAAUGA